UUCUUUGAAACCCUCCCUUCACAGCUUCUCUCUCAUUUCUAAUUUCAAUUUCUUCAUCUUUCUUCUCAACGGCAUCUCUCUCUCCUCCUCCCCUUCUCUUUCGCUCUCUUGUCUCCUUCGUGUUCCUCGUCUUCACUCUUCCUAUCUCUCAAUUUCCAUUCUCUAAAAUGAAGCACGCACUCAAGAAACCCAUACCCAUGUCGCCGAUCCACUGCCAUCUUCUAUUCCUAGCGCUAACGGCGCCGGAAUCAAGGGCGGCAGACCCCUCGGAAACCUACAUCGUCUUCCAAAGAAAAUGAUUCACCGUCCGAUCCCAAUUCAUGGUUCCCGAUUCCAAACCCUCGCCGACUAAGUUGAAGAGCCUGCUCCCUCUUCUAACCCACUUAAGCGGAAGCUCAGUAUGGAGACCGUUCCUGAGAAUUCCAUCCCUGGGUUGUCUGAUUCUAUUGCGAAGAUUAGAGAAGAUGUAAAAUCUGGUGUAGAAAAUUUAACAGAGGAGUGUGUAUCCACAAUGGCAGACGUUACUAGGCUUCUAAUGAAGGUUUUUAUCUUCCUCGUGCUAAUAUGCGAAACUAAGUGCACCCCUAUCCAUGGAAGUACGGAGGUUUUCGAAGUGAAAGGAGAUGAUGUUGGUUGUGUGGUAAAGAACUCUGCCACGUUGGUUGAUACAAUGUACACUUUGCAUGCUGCUGAAAUUCACAUUGAUCUUCCAACACUUACUGAGAAAAACAAAGAGUAACAUUCUUCAGUUUCCUGUUUGUUAUGCCUAUCAUAGCUACGUGGGGAGUAAAAAACAAGAUUGACUUCCUCUCUCUGUCACAUGCUAGACAUGUGGAAGAUGUUCGACAAGUAUUAUUUCCUUGCAUUGAGUCUUCACUUUAA